AUGCUCCAUUUUAGCUACAACAAUGAGCAAAUACCUGGAGAUCGACUUUCUAAGAUUCGAAUGCCAUUACAAGAUAUAACUAAAAAUUUUAAAUAUGCCAUGAUACCAUUUGAAAAUCUAGCAAUAGAUGAAAGUCUUGUUCUGUGGAAGGGUCGUCUUUCAUUUACACAAUUUAUUAAAACAAAGCGACACCGAUUUGGAAUAAAAAUUUUUGUUAUUUGUGAUGUAGAAACUGAUUUCAUUCUAAAUAUUCUAAUAUAUACUGGAAGCACAACAGAAUAUAGAAAAACAGACCCAAGCCUCGGUAUAUCUGGAACUGUGGUAAAUACAUUGAUGAAGCCAUGCUUGAAAAAAGGUCACAAGCUAUUCAUUGAUAAUUGA